GGCCCGGCCUCCUGUCUCAUCUCCCAGGCGCCACAUCUCUUGAUUCCUUCCUAGCUCCCACCUCCACUGAAGAUCCCAGCAAGACAACAUGCCUCCCAAGAAGCCUGAGCCUAAGAAGGAAGCAGCCAAGGCCGCCCCAGCCCCAGCCCCUGCCCCAGCUCCUGAACCCCCCAAGGAACCUGCCUUUGACCCCAAGAGUGUAAAGAUAGACUUCACUGCUGACCAGAUCGAAGAGUUCAAAGAGGCUUUCUCGUUGUUUGACCGGACGCCAACUGGGGAGAUGAAGAUUACCUAUGGGCAGUGUGGGGAUGUGCUGCGGGCCCUGGGCCAGAACCCUACCAACGCUGAGGUGCUGCGUGUCCUGGGCAAGCCUAAGCCUGAAGAGAUGAAUGCCAAGAUGCUGGACUUUGAGACGUUCUUGCCCAUCCUGCAGCACAUCUCCCGCAACAAGGAGCAGGGCACCUAUGAGGACUUUGUGGAGGGGCUGCGCGUUUUCGACAAGGAGAGCAAUGGCACCGUCAUGGGUGCCGAGCUUCGCCAUGUCCUUGCCACCCUGGGAGAGAAGAUGACUGAGGCUGAAGUGGAACAGCUGUUGGCUGGGCAAGAGGAUGCCAAUGGCUGCAUCAAUUACGAAGCCUUUGUCAAACACAUAAUGUCUGGGUGAAGCAGACCCGUCUAGGGCUCCUGCAGUGAAAUCCAGGUCCUGGGUAGAAGAGAGAGUGCUUCUGGCCGGUGCUCUGGACUCUGUUCCUGUUCACUCCCCAUCCCCUGAGCUCCCCUGGGCUUAGGGCCAUCCUGAUUGGGGUGUGGGGUUUGUGAUAAGAGGCUGGGGUUCAUCUAGCACUUUC